AGAAGGCAGUUGAAUUUGAACCGUCGUGGAAUACAGACUUGAAAAGUCUAGCAGCUUUCCCUGUUGCCGUUUUGUGGUGAGCUCAUCAGCAGCCAGAGUCAGAGGAGCAGAAGCAGCAGCAGCCAUUAGUCACCUUCUCUUAUUGCAUGCCAGUAGCAGCAGCAGCAGCAGUUGUUUCAAUCAGUGUGGUGUGAGGUGAUCCCCCCGGAUCAGAACCAGUGUCAGUGCUCUCUGUCUGUUGUGUGUGAAAAAAGAUUAUCUCUAGCAUAGAAAAAAAAAAACGCGGAUUUAGAGAAGUCCCCCGGUCGCGAGAAAUUUCGAAAGGAAAAUCGCGUUCGCGGAACAGGAAAAAAAACGGCAUUUUGUACCAGCAGAACAUAGCGCGGGUCGCAUUUUUUUGGUGAAGCGAAGUCGUCGGUGUCGCCGUUGAUCUCUCGGGUCCGGUUCCGGUUGUGUGGUCCGGCCAGUUCAAGUGUGUGGAAGCAGUAGCGGCGGAAGCCAGCAGUUUUUUCCCUCGAUUCGCGCAGGUUCCGGAAACCAGCGAAAGCUUCAGUGAAGCAACUCUUUUCUGUCCCGUUACCCCGGAGGAGUACAACUAGUUAAAACACAAAAAUGGCCGAUCAACUUACAGAGGAACAGAUUGCCGAAUUCAAAGAAGCGUUUUCGCUGUUCGACAAAGACGGUGACGGCACAAUCACGACCAAGGAACUGGGAACCGUGAUGCGAUCGUUAGGCCAGAACCCCACAGAAGCAGAACUGCAAGAUAUGAUAAACGAAGUCGACGCGGACGGCAACGGCACGAUCGAUUUCCCCGAAUUCCUGACCAUGAUGGCUCGCAAAAUGAAGGACACCGACAGCGAAGAGGAAAUCCGGGAGGCGUUCCGAGUCUUCGACAAGGACGGCAACGGCUUCAUCUCGGCAGCUGAGCUGCGUCAUGUCAUGACCAAUCUCGGCGAGAAGCUAACGGACGAGGAGGUGGAUGAGAUGAUCCGCGAAGCCGACAUAGAUGGCGAUGGCCAAGUUAAUUAUGAAGAAUUCGUAACAAUGAUGACAUCGAAGUGAGCUACAGGUCGAAAAAUUAUUGCGCCUUUCUAUUAUUAUUUGUUUAUAAAGAAGACUGUAGCCACGCGCAACACCAGCUGCGCAACGCUAUUGCUAUGGAUUUAAAAAGAUUAACAAAAAAAAAGAGUAAAAAGAGAAAAAAGUAAAAGUAAAAAUUAACAUUAAAUUAAAUUUAAAAAACCACACACACACAGAAGGAAAACAGAAAAACCCAGAGGAAGCAGAGCAGAACAGUGAGGGAGACGGAAUGUGGAAAAGGACAAAAAAUAAUGCAAAAAAAAAACAAAACACACACACAGUAAGGAGAAAAUAACUUAAAUUAAUUGUAACAACACAAUUUUAAAUAAGAUAAAUAAAAAAGGAAGAAAGAAAAGAAAAUACAUUAAUUAAAGUUAAUCACUAUCCUUAAUCUAUUUGUGUAAAUUUUUGUAAAAAUAAAAUAUAAAUAUAAAUUAAAAAACAGAACCGGAGAAAGGCAAACAAACACACAGGAGAAGGAGUAGAAGGAUGGAGGAGCGAGAGGAGGUUGAGGAGGAAAGCGUAGGAAGGACAACAGAUUGGCAAGGGUUAGGCGACGAACCGAGACAGCGGACGACAAAGACGGACGUUUCAGACUUGGGACGGAAUUUCGUUGGUUAGGAUUAGGCAAAAGAAGAGGAACAGGAAAGGUUAGCAUUUUUUUUCUUUGUUGUAAGGAAGGAACGAUAGGAAGCGAGUGCAGGAGAGACGAAGCGAGUGUCAGGCUGUUAUUCCACGACGUCGAUCAAAUCAGCGGGACGACACUCCCUAGACACUACUACUGCAUACGGGUCCGAAUGAAGCAGAAUGAGAACAGACUACACAACACUUGGUUCAGGACGACAAUUCAGGACAGACGGACACGGACAAAUACGGAUAUGGACGAAGCCGGUCGAAAAAAAAAGAAAUUCCCAAGAGCAGAGCAACAACAGAAACCCACGACCACCAUACUUUGCUUUCGUUCUUUUUUAUUUUUUUCCAGCCAAGAAACAGACCAGAACUUUGGAUCAGGAAAGGAUCGAGGCGCGGAAGCAGUGAAAGAGAGAUUAGGAAUUUUCUUGGCGAAGCGAAGUACACCCAGAGAAAGAGAGCCGGCAAACAAUGAUCGAUGAAACAUUUCCCACUUUUUAAACUAAUAAAGAAAAAACUGAAAUAAAAUAACAAAAAAAAACUUACGUUACUUCGUUCCGAUGCAGUAAGUCACAUAACAAGAUUGUCAGAAUUUGAAAAAGAAACAACAAAACAGAAAUAAAUCAAGCUUGGCAAGCGUAGUUUUCAGCUAAACAAAUGAUUCGAAACAGAAAAAAAAACAACAGUAGAGAAGCAAAACACAACAAGAAACCACACACACACAUGAUUGUAAUGGUUAUACUUAACAGGAAGUGAAUUACUAUUUAUUAAAAACAAAUCGUAAUUUAUAGUCGUUCAAGAUCUAAGAAAAACCAUCAAAAAACCAACAAAA